GCGCUGGAGGCGGAGGAGGACGAGGAGCACUGGCUCUACGGGGAUGACACCACUGGUAAACAAGAAGAUGGACCAAUUUCUGGACAUGCAGAAUCUUCUCAUCCUUUGCAAGAUGCUCCUCAGGAGAACCGACCUGUCAACAAUGAAGACCGAGAGAUGUCACAGCACGCCCUUCCAAGUGGUGAAGAUGAUGAAGAUGACAGUGAUAGCGACAGUGAUGACGAUGACGUGAAAGUCACUAUUGGCAACAUUAAAACAGGAGCACCAUCAUACAUGGGAACUCCUAUGAAUCUAAACUUAAAAACGGGUAGAGGCUAUGGAGCAUCUGCUUCAGCCAAGUUGCAGCCCAAAGGUAUUGACUUAGAUGCUGCAGGGAAUAUAAAUGGAUUGCCUGUUAUAGAAGUGGAUUUAGAUUCAUUUGAAGACAAACCAUGGAGGAAACCAGGUGCUGAUCUUUCUGAUUACUUUAAUUAUGGAUUCAAUGAAGAAACAUGGAAAGCUUAUUGUGAAAAGCAGCGACGGCUUCAGCUUGGGCUGGAUCCUACUCCUCCCAUCAGCACUGAAAAUAAGAUCACGGUUCAGCAAGGAAGAACAGGAAAUGCUGAAAAAGAAGUGGAAAACAACAUCAUCAAAACAGAAUUCAAAACAGACUUCUUGGCUCUGGUGGGAGGACGCAUGAAGGCUGGACCUCCUCCUAAUAGGAAGCUGGGUGGGACGAUUGAUGUGAUUGGUGGCCAGGCAGGCACCAUUAGGAGGGUAGAAGGAAGACGCCGUGAUAAGCAUGCCUCUGAGGAAAACCCAAUCCAGGUCCUUGGAGACCACGGGAGCAAGCCCCAGCCCCCCCAGCAGCCCCAGCAGCCAUCACAGCCCCAGCAACCACCUCAGCAGCAGCCGUUUGCACCACCAGCAGGUCCACCACCACCCCCACUCGCUGGGCCACCUCCACCACACUUCCUCCACCCUCCUCCUCCUGUUACUUCGGUUCCACCUCCCCUGCAUCCUCCAGGUCUGCCUCCACCAGGUCCCAUCCCAGGGUUGUUCCCGCCUCCUCUGGCGCCACCACCAGCUCUCCUCAUUCCAACCUUGGAUGGCCAGCCAGCCAGCUACAACAACAGGCAGCCUCCUCCAUUUGGCUACAAUUCUGCAGAUUCAGGUUUCAUCAGCUACCCACCCAUCUCCACAUCCCAUACACCCUGGGUGACCACGGUGGACAAAAGCACGAGCAGUUCCAGCAGCAGCCAUUGGGAGUACUCGGGCUCCAGGCGCGAGCGGGAGAGGGAGCGGGAGCGGGAAAGGGAGAGGGAGAGAGACCGAGACCGCACUCCCACCACCAGUGAAUACAACAAUGAUGAUGAACGAUACCGCUACUAUAGCCGAGAGCGCAGCUAUGACUUUGAGCGCGACUAUCGCCGGAGCCGGGACCGCAGCCGGGAGCGCGAGGAUCGGCACCGGGAGCGCAGGCACAGGGACAAAGAGGAGAGCAGCAAGCAUAAGUCUUCAAGACGCAAGCAGCACGAGAGCGAGGAGGGGGAGAGUCACCGGCGCCACAAGCACAAAAAGAACAAGCGCAGCAAGGAGGAGAAGGAGGCCAGUGAAGAUGGGGCCCAGGAGGGAGAGGAGCAGGACACCAAGGAGUGA